AGCGCUUAUCCUUGCCGGUUUGCCAGCUGUUUCUUAGGAGCUGGGGCUGCCCACAAACUGACCCGCCGGGCUUUCUAGAUUUCACCUGAGGGUCAGAGGGUCCCGCGGCGCACGUGCGGCGGAUACUCCCACCCCCUUGGGGGGCGGGGUCGUGUUCAAAGCCAAUGAGAGCUUGGGGGGGUGGAGGGGUAGGGAAGCUUCCAGAGGCCGAUAGGGAGGAGGUUAUAUAGAGGGCACCGGCGGACCAACGGGAGAGCCAUGCAGACCAAGCGGGAGUGUGAGCUGUGGUGUGAGAGGGUGAAUCCAGAGAACAAGGCGGCGCUGGAGGCGUGGGUCAGGGAGACAGGCAUCCGCCUGGUGCAAGUGAACGGGCAGAGGAAGUAUGGCGGGCCACCCCCAGGCUGGGUGGGCAGCCCGCCGCCGCCCGGGUCGGAGGUAUUUAUCGGGCGGCUGCCCCAGGAUGUGUACGAGCACCAGCUGAUCCCACUGUUCCAGCGUGUGGGCCGCCUUUACGAGUUCCGCCUGAUGAUGACCUUCAGCGGCCUGAAUCGUGGCUUCGCCUACGCCCGCUACAGCUCGCGACGCGGCGCCCAGGCCGCCAUCGCCACACUGCACAACCACCUGCUGCGGCCCUCCUGCCCGCUGCUCGUAUGCCGCAGCACCGAGAAGUGCGAGCUGAGCGUGGACGGGCUGCCGCCGGCCCUGAGUCGCCGCGCGCUACUGCUCGCACUGCAGCCUCUCGGUCCCGGCCUGCAGGAGGCGCUGCUGCUGCCCAGCCCCGGGCCCGCGCUCGCGCAGAUCGCGCUGCUCAAGUUCAGCUCGCAUCGUGCUGCCGCCAUGGCCAAAAAGGCCCUGAUGGAAGGGCAGUCACGCCUCUGUGGAGAGCAGGUAACCGUGGAGUGGCUCAAGCCGGACCUGAAGCAGCGACUCCGCCAGUUUGUGGGUCCCUCCCUGAGGUGCCCACAGCCAGAGGGCAGACGAUUGACCCUGGCCAGGGACAAGUUAGAGUCCCAAGGGGCUCGGGCUGCCCUGCAGCUACUGUGCCAACAGAUGAAGCUGGGUAGCCCAGUGUUCCUUACCAAGUGCUUAGGCACAGGUCCUGCUGGCUGGCACCACUUCUGGUACCAAGUGGUGAUCCCUGGGCAUCCAGUGCCCUUCAGUGGCCUCAUCUGGGUUGUGCUGUCUUCUGAUGGGCAGGAUGGGCAUGAGGUGGCCAAGGAUGCUGUGUCUGCACGGCUGCUGGAGGCACUGAGUGAGUCUGGGGCCAGCCUCCUGUGGUCUGCUGGGGCUGAGGCAGGUACCAUGGUUAAGCAGUGACCCUAUCCUCUCCACAGGCAGCCUGACUAAGUAGGCAGAGCCUAUGUCAGUCCCCAACCCAGCAAGCCUGAGCAGCCACCAUCUGAUCCCAAAAGAGGGAGGAGCAUGGGCCCUACCCUAAGCCUGACACAGCUUCCCAGUUGGGGCAGGGCCCCAGCACACCAGGGGGCAGCUCAGGUUUGACUAGGUUGUGGUGAAGGACCUUGCCCUCCUCCCAGCCCAGGGUCUCACAUGACCCCUUGGUCUUCUUGGCUGUUGUCUGGUGUGCGUGCGCGCGCACGCACACACACACACACACACACACACACACACACUCUCCUCCCACAGCUUAGCAUGAAUCUACUGCUAUUUUUCUUAAUUUGUUUUUGUUGGUUUUUAUUUGGGGGCCGGCUGAGCCAAAGGGUCAGAAAUCUGCCUUUUGUCCCCACCACUUGGCAUUCUGGUUUUGGUAUAUGUGUAUUGUUCAUUUUUUCUAUGCUGGUUGUAUUUAUAUUAAACCCCUGGUUAGUGUA